GCUUUGACGUAAUUUAUCCAUAUCCGGUUGUAAAUAACACGUAGCAUUCAUUGACAUGAUUAUGAUGAAUUGAUAUUGCAUAUAUAUUGACUGUUGGAUUUUUUGUUAUUUGAUUACAUACCACGACAAGCAUUGAGUUAUACAGAAGACGUCUACUAAAGAUAAAAUCAAAAUGAAACGUGUAUUGUGUGUGCUUGUUAUAUGUAUGGCGUUUCAAGGAAUUGUAUGUCCACCUGUUAAUCCUAACCCUCAGCCUAAAGAAGAAGGAAGUGAAGCUGAUCAGGAUACUGGCCUUCAUUAUGACAGAUAUCUGAAGGAAAUUGUGAUGACUUUGGAGGAGGAUCCGGAUUUCAGGAAAAAAUUAGAAGAAGCAAAUGUUACAGAAAUUAAGUCUGGGAAAAUUGCCAUGCACCUAGAGAAAGUAGCCCACCAUGUUAGAGAAAAACUAGACGAGAUCAAGCGAAAAGAAGUGAACAGGCUUCGAAUGCUGGCAAAAGAGCGGAUGAAACAAAUGCAGGGUACGGAAGUAUUGAAAUUCGUUGCUCAGCACGGAGGAAUACAGAAGAUUGAUGAGUCAGCCCUUCACCAUGUCGAUGUACAAAACCCUCAUUCAUUUGAAAUGAAGGAUUUAGAAAAACUUAUUCAGAAGGCAACAAAGGACCUAGAUGAAUUGGAUAAACAGAGAAGAGAGGAGUUUAAAAAAUAUGAAUUAGAGAAAGAACAUGAAAGACGGGAUCAUCUGAAAGAAUUACCAGAGGAGGAGAGAAAGAAAGAAGAACAAAAAAAUGUAGAGAUGAAGAAAAAACACAGAGAUCAUCCCAAACUUCAUCAUCCAGGAAGUAAAGAUCAGCUAGAAGAGGUCUGGGAGAAAGAUGAUCAUCUAGACAAGGAAUCUUUUGACCCCAAAACUUUCUUCAUGAAACAUGAUCUAGAUGGAAACAGGCUGCUUGAUGAAGAAGAAAUUGAGGCUUUAUUUCAGAAAGAGUUGGACCAGGUUUACGACCCUAAUAACCCUGAGGAUGAUAUGGAGGAGAGAUAUGAGGAAAUGGCACGCAUGAGAGAACAUGUCAUGAAGGAGCUAGACAAAAAUGGAGACAAGCUGGUCAGCCUAGAGGAAUUCAUGGAGUACACAAAAUCAGAAGACUUUAAUAAGGAUGAGGGAUGGGAUACCCUGGAGAAUGAGGAACAGUACACUGAAGAAGAGCUGAAGGAAUAUGAGAGGAUGUUAAUGGAGGAGGAACAGAGAAGACAGCAAGGCUCAUUUGACGGUCAUGCCCAGCCUGGAGUUGUGAAUCAGCCACCUCACCCAGGAAAUGUCCAAGAAAUGCAGAUGCCUCAAGGUGGAAUGCAUCCACAGGGUGGGAUUCCCCCACAUGGACAAUUUGACCAGCUGCAUCCUGAUCAAGUUGCUGCCAUUCAGCAACAAGCCCAGCUCCAUGCACAGCAGCAAGCCCAGUUCCAUGCACAGCAACAACAAGCACAAUUUCAAGCCCAACAACAAUUUCAAGCUCAACAACAAGCCCAUGCACAGCAACAAGCCCAGUUACAUGCACAGCAACAAGCACAGACUGCUGGGCAACAGCCACCUGUAGGACAAAACCAGCAAACAGGUCAAGGCCAUCAACCAAUUCAAGGACAAGUUCCAGGUCAACAAGGACAAGUUCAUGCACAACAAUUACAUCAAGAACAAGCCCCUGUUAAGAGUCAACAGCAACAAGGACAGCCACAGCAACAACAGGGUCAGCAGCAACAAGGACAGCUACAGCAACAACAGGGUCAGCAGCAACAUGAACAGCAACAACAGGGUCAGCAGCAACAUGAACAGCAACAGCAACAACAGGGCCAACAGCAACAUGAACAGCAACAGCAACAACAGGGUCAACAGGAACACAAACCUGUGGCAUAGAUAGAAUUAUGACAGAUUAUUGUGAACUACAUGUAAUUUUCAUUAUGGUCUAGCUUUAACUUUAUGAAGUUCAAAGAUAUUUUCUAUAUUUGCUUUGUAAAACCAAUUACAAAAUGGAAUGAUGAGUAUUUCAGGUGAUCUUGGGAAUUCGUUUAGAAUGCUGGUGCUAUUUCAACAAUACAGUUUAUAUGAAAGAAAUUGGUGGGGGUCUUUAGAAUCUGCUUAUAUUUGAUGUAGCAGAAUGAUAAUGUUGUGUUCUAUUGAAAAAUUAAUAUAUUACAUAAAUAUUACAAACCAUUAAAACAUUUGUACAUAUGAACUUCAUUUAGGAAUGAUACAUCUUGAUUUUAUGCCGAAGUUAGAGACAUUAUGUUUCCUAAAGGAUUUUUUUCCCAAAUACAUGUAAUUCAAAUUGAUUGAAAUUGUGUACUUUGAAGACUACAUGUAUUGGUUUAGUGGCAUUGUUAUCAGAAUUAUUUUUUCAUUACUUUAUGUAGUGCCAAGCACAAUUUGAAUAAACCACAGAGUUUUAUAUUCCAUUCUUCUAGUCAGGUACAAGUAUGUUUUAAUAAUGAGGUGCAUGAAGAUUACAGUUUUUUAAAUCAAACUCUUGUACAAAUUAUGAGCAAGACAUCUGCUAGGAUAAUGUUUUUGCAAUGUACUUUUCAGAGAAAGUUUUGAGGAAUUGAGAGCUAAAUUACAUGUAUUUCAAAAGUAUAAAUUAUUUACGAUUAAUUUUCAUUGAACUAUUAAAAUUCAGAAUUAUUGUACUUGUAUAGUAUAAUUACUGUUUCUUAUAUUCUGAAGAGAGUGCAUCUAGUUAAAAAUUGUGUCAAAGUGCCAGAAAAUUUAAAAUCUUCAAUUCAUCAUGAAAUGAACAAGAAAAAAUAGCAAGCUUAGAUUAGUCAUGGGUGACAUAUACCUUGCUUAAUAUUUUUGAAGGAUGUUGAUAAAUGUGUUGUUAUUUAAAACAAGGGCAUCACAUCAGUGACUUUGCUGUGUGUUUUGAGACCAUUUGAAGUCAGCAUUUUUAGUGGAAUAAAAUUUGUGUGGGUUUUUUAAAUGGAUAUGUGUUGGCAUUCUAAAGUCACUGUUGUGUUGCCCAUUUGUUGAGUUGUUGCCAUGCUUGUAAACCUUUGUUUUAUUUUUUGUAUUGUAAGUGCAUGUUCAUUGUUAUGUCAUGAUUUCAUAUAUGUACUAGAAGAUCUUUGUUAUUUUUUCACUAUUUAAGACUUGUGCCCUAAACAUUCACCUUCACCUCUGCUACACUUAUUGAUUUGAUCAGAAUAUGAAAGGUUCCCUUAAUAGCAUGUUUUUGGGUUGUUGUUUUUUUUUUUUAAUCUCAAUAUUUUAAUGUUAUAUUCGUAAUUUAUUUUGUUCUUCCAACAUUCCAUCCCCAGACACAAUGUCUUGGACAUUUAUUUAGAAAGAAAUAUAUAUCUAAACAGAUUUCACACAGGUUAUUGCUGUUAUUUCAGGUUUUGAAUUGAAAGUUUAAAUAAAUAUCCUAAAAUACAUAGAAAAGCAUUUUGUGUAAUACUGCAUAUGUGCAAUAUGUUAUGAAAUUCCUACCCUAUAUCAAGUCCCUUCUUCAUAUUUUAAGCAAUGGAUUUUCAGUACUUAAUAAAAUUGAAUUAUUCUUCGACUGUUCAUAAUUACCACAGGGUGACUGAAACAUAGAGCUAUGGUUAUGGAAGUAUUAAAUGGUGAAACUGAGA